AGAUCAUGACCUGAGCCCAAGUCGGACGUUUAACCCACUGAGGCACCCAGGCGCCUCUUUAGGUGUGUGGUUUAAGGAGAAGUGCAAAUCUUGAUUUCUUUGCCCAGUUUUUCCAGUCAUUGUUUCUGUUGAGUAUUUAAAACAUGAAAGUGGCCUUUCUCGCAUGAUGAGCUUGGUGUGAGAGGCCCCAGAGCAGCUUAUUUAUUGUGGUUCUUCCCGGCCUGCUUGGGAAGGAGGCAUCUCCAGUCUUACUAGGCUGACAUCUAGCUUCUGCUGGCCCCUUGUCUGACCUUCACCUGUAGAUGAGUUGACCCCUGGGGUCAGCUGGGUAACCGUGGGAUCCAGUUCCUAGAAAUGACUAGAAACGUCCUUAGAUAGUCCCCGGUGUUAUAGUCUCACUCUACAGCAGAGAUGAGGUGCAGGGGCAGUGGCUCACGGGUGCCAAGGGCCUGGAGCCCGUGUGAGCCUACGGAAGCGCCCCCAGCCUGUGCCUCUGACCUAGAAAGCCCCAGGGCACUGUCACCUCUUUCUUCUCGUACCUUCUCUUCACCCAGGCCUGGCUCAUCAACCCUUUCUUGCUCCAGUCACUUAGCAUUUCCUUUGCAAUUCCUGAGGCACCUCAGGAGAGGCCUGACGAAGCAGCGGGGUCCCAGGCAGGUGAUCCGAGCUUGGCGGUGAGGUGCUCACAGACGUGGGCUUGAAGACGCCGAGUCGGCCCUGGAGCGGGUGCAGGGGUCAGUGUCUCUACCUUGGGGACAUCGCUGUUUCUUUACCUUGUAGGGGGCAGGGCUUCCUGUCAUUCCUGGACUCCGGAAUGCAUCUUCCCAGGGCAUCAGGUGGUCUAGGUGCCUCUGCAGGUGCCUCUGCAGGUGGGGUGUUGGGCACCUGGCUGUGCGGCGAGGGAGCGGGGAGUCCCGUCCACACCCUCAUCAGCGGCUCCUGGGGAGGUUUGGAAGGCAUUUUGAGUCGCCGCUCCUCUGGCAAAGCAUAGUCAUGAUCUUGACCAUGUUACUGAUGUUGAAACUCUGCACCGAAGUCCGCGUGACAAAUGAGCUGAACGUAAAACGCCGUUUCUUUGCAGCUGCGGACACCCAGGAUGAAGCAAUCAAGCCCCCGCCCCGGCGGUCAUAUCUGGACUUUGACCCUCGCCACUUCUGGCACUGGAGCAGCUUCGGGGACUACGUGCAGUGUGUCGUGGCCUUCACGGGCGUGGCGGGCUACAUCACGUACCUGUCCAUCGACUCGGCCCUGUUUGUGGAGACCCUGGGCUUCCUGGCCGUGCUGACCGAGGCCAUGCUGGGUGUCCCGCAGCUCUACCGCAACUAUCGCCACCAGUCCACUGAGGGAAUGAGCAUCAAGAUGGUGUUCAUGUGGACCAGCGGGGACGCCUUCAAGACCGCCUACUUCCUGCUGAACGGCGCGCCCCUGCAGUUCUCCGUGUGUGGCCUGUUGCAGCCUAGAACGUGCUCACAAACCCGGGAAAGGCUGACCUGGGGCUGCGACAGGACAGAGGACACCAUGAAGCCCCUCCGGAGUGCAGAGCCCGGUCUCAGAAGGGCCCGGGCGCAGAGCCCGCCUGAUACAUGUGGAAAGGAGGCCAUGAGGACGCACGUCACGAGUAUUCUUGAUCAUCCGGCCAGAGUUGGCCCUUUCGUGGCCACCUGCAGUGCAGCUGCCUCAUGGGACUCAGGACUCGGCCGUCAGCUCGGCAGUGGGGCCCAGGGCUGUCCUGUGGGCCCCCUGGGCCUCACUGCUACGCUGGCUUCUUCCUGGCAGGCACCGGUGUGGACCCUGCUGGGGCUCAGGGGUGUGGUGGGGUGCCGGUGGCCCGCGUGUGCUCUCGGGAAAGCCAGGGGCCCGCGACCGGGUCCCCCAAGGAGGGCUGCCUCGCGGGGCAUUUUCCCUGUAUCCUGGGGAAUGCACGUGUCUGCAGCACACAGCCUUCCAUCUUCAGGACAGAGGGCCGGUCUGCGGGCCAGGAGUGGGGACACGUGUGGCCCGUGUCCCUGCUGCCGAGCCAGUCCCACACCCCACACUCUGGGCCUUCAGGCCUGGGGUGACCUUCCGGGGUAGGGGGCCGGGCCCCUGGUCCUCCACGUCCCCUGCAUCUGGCUGCAGUGGGGGCUGCUGGGUGACUCUGGUCGCCCCGUAUUUCCCCCCUUCACUGUCACGUGAGCAUCUCAGCCGUGCCCAGCGGCCCUGGGCAAGCUCCCAGGCCCCCAGAGCCUGUGUUCUGGAUGCUUCCACGUGGCUUCCCUUCUGCUGGGCAGAGGGGCAGCUUUGGGGGGCGGGGGUUGACCGGGGUGCCACAGCCCUAGUGGUGUCUGCUGUGCACAGCCGUUCCCUCCUCCAGAGUUUUCCUCAAAAACUCCUGUGUGUUUGAGCGAGGAUCCUGCCGAGUUAAUGGCCUGUGAGAUGACCUGGAAAUGCUUAGUUUAUAAAAAUGAAGGGACAUGUCUGCAGCAGUAAUUGCCUCCGAAUUAAAACGUCACCGAUUGCAGUGGUGACCGGCCGCGCCCAGGUGGGGGGUGGGGGGGCGCUCCGUUCUGUCAGUGUGGUGACUGUGAAUCAAUAAACCGCUCGCGGAUCCAG